AGCUUCUUUGCCUUUCAUUUUCUCUCUCUUGCUCAUCUUUCUCCAAAAAGCAUUCUCUCUCUUUCUCUUUUACUCUUUCUUUGUUAUCUUUCUCUCAAAGUCAUAACAAGCAUUCAUGAUUGCAAGCCUUUGAUCUCCUUCUCUUCUCAGCACCAGCACAACCUCUUACAGGAUCUUUCCAGCACCAGAUGAACAUACCGGAAUGGUGAAUGAAUUGAGCAGAAGUGAUGAUUUCGAGAAGUUCUCAUGGAAAAUUGAGGAUUUCUCUAAACAAAAUAUCAUGAAACUGCGCUCCAGGCCUUUCAAAAUCCGUGGCUGUACAUGGAGGAUCCUUGUGCAUCCAUUGAGGAGUGAUGUCAACCAUUUUUCAGUGUAUUUGAUGGUUGCUGAUUCUUUGCCUCCGUACGGAUGGACCAGACACACGUUUUUCAAGCUGGUUCUGAUCAACCAAGUGGACAACAGCAAAACAAUUGAAAAAGAGACCAAACAGAAGUUCAAUGGAGGACAUCGUUGCUGGGGUUCAUUUUUCGUGAAUCUAAGUGAUUUCUACAACCAUAACAAAGGAUAUCUUGUGAAGAACAGCUGCAUCAUUGAGGCACACAUCUGCCUCUCGGAUUUAGCACCCAAUAUUCAGGUUCACCCAAAUUGUUCUCCAUAUCAUGACUCUUCUUCAUCAGGUGGUCAAGCAACAGAAACAUCCUCGGAUAGGGACAGCAUUAGUCCGAGAACCUCCGGAUCUAGUGCAGCAGAAGGGGAAACUCAAAAGGGUUGUUCAAACAGUUUGACACUGAGAGAACUCAUAGAUUUGAAGAGUUUAGCAGGAGAAGAAGAAGCCUUCAUUCCACUUCUGGAAGAGGCUUGCACAUGGCAUCCAAACCUUAUACAGUGCCAGAAGGAGAGAACUCGCGGAUUCAGACAAUGGGCAUUCGCAUCAUUAGGCCAAGUUCUUUACUUUCUCAAGACCAAAAGGGUUAAAGAUAUGAGUGAAGAAGACAUAAAGCAUCUUCGUGAUUUGUGGAAGGAACUUGUGAAAUCGUCAGGGUUUGAUUUGGAAUGGCUGGAGCCUUAUGUUGAAUCAGCAUUGGGUUUGAAAGCUUACAUGGAAAAAGCAAAGCGGUUGAAGAAACUGAAGGACACUGUGGUUGGUUUGGAGAUCAAGAUGAAGAGACUGAGAGGGGAACUUGCUGCUGCUGAAAGAUUGUUUGAGGUUUCAAGAAGAGAGUUAUCAGAAGUAAGAAGAGGUUUCAAUGAGAUGGAUAUGAACUCUACAAUUGGAUAUGCUAUGUUUUAGUGCAAACUGUUUGAUGUGUAUAUGAUUCUGGUGAACUAGUUUUUGAUGAAGCUCAUGCCAUGCACAAAGUUCAGUUCUAGAUUAGUACAAAUUAUGUACGAAUAAUAUUAGUGCCUUUUUUUUAUUAUUA